AUGCCUGCUGGUUCUAUACGAUUUAGUGGUAUCGUCGGUAGAGGAGAAUUUGGCAAAGUAUAUGUUGGUGAAGCCCAAGGAGUCAAUAGAAAUCCCGAAUGGACAACCGUUGCAAUCAAAACACUCACAGGUUAAGACCACAGAUCAACUAAUUUACUGUUAUUGCUAAAUAAAUAUAAUUGUUUGCCGCAUGUUCGUGUGAGAAUACGCACGGAUCAUUUUCAUAUAUGCUAGCAAUAGUUAUAUUUCCCAGAACCGUAGCGUAUGCUAGCUAUCGCGCGCAUGCACCAAAGAAAUUUUACAGUUUGUAUUAUUAGCAGAUGACGUCAACUCUCGAGUAAAUAAUGUUUACAAAAACGUUUUUCUGGUGUGCCUGGUUGCUAUGAAGUUAUCAAUCUCAAAACACUAAUCAAUUACCCAUUCUUAAUCAUUAGAUCACAGUUAAUAAAAUAAGAUGGUUUGGCUAGCCGGCAAACUUCAAAGGGAUUUGGUGACGGCGGUAAACUAUGUGAGGAUCAAUGUAAACGGUUUUAGUGCAUAGCAAUGUAGUAGACCAAUUACUAUAUGAUUAUAUUACAGUUUCCAAUGUUCUCGUUUUCAUCGCGAAAUAACUGCGCUAAUAACACUUAUUUUUUAUCCUAAACUAAAGUUAUAUCAUAGCUAGGGCUAUGGGCAACGAUUUAGAGGCGAUUGUAUCGAUUCCCUGGGAACUGAAACGCGAAAGUUGUUCGAGCAACGUUGACGAGUAUUUGAACAUGAAGAUACCCGUGAGGAUAUUCAAUUUACCUUAUAAAUUUGAAAUCGCGUUGUUUUUUUAUUGAUGAAAACGAGGCAAUUAUAGAAGAAGAGAUCAUAGACGCUGUGAGCGAAAUAUUAGGCGAAAAGAACUUUUCUUGCGAAAGUCGUGACAAGAUUUGCAAGUCGAAAGGCGGCUUGACAGGACACAAAAAUGCAAAAUAUGGGAACAAAACGACAGCGGUGAAGAAAAUGUUUCUUCAUCGCUAACAAAAGAGAAGUUAAAAUCCAUUGUUGAUAAAGUUAAGACAAAAAUAAAGUAUGAUAGUUUCUGGGAGAGUGAAAUGACUUCGAAGCAAGCAUAACAUCGAACGAUUCACUAUACGAUAAUAUUUUGCCAAUUUAUGAACGAUUUUGUCGAAAACUAAACUUGUCGAAAACUUGCCUAUUGCAGUCUGAAAAUCAACAAUUAUGCAAUCUUAUAAUUAUUUCAAUACGAGACCAUUUAGUGACAAUGUCGAAAGGUGUAACUACAGGCAGUGGACAGGCUGAAAUUUCUUCAGAACUGAGAAUGAACGUGGACUCCUGUCCAACAUAGCAGGGUAUGCAUGUGCUGUCAGAUCUGAGGAAAAAGUCCAAAAACAAAGUAAAUGAUGAGCUUCAAAUCAUUUUAGAACAUAUGAUCAGUUCUGGUUUGGAAAAUGCAUACAUUAUAAGGCACGCAGUCGAGGAGGUCUGGUUACACCAUGUGAUGAUUUGGUCAAGCUACUAGAGGUUGUAGAGAUUUCAUUCAGACAGUUUAUAGGGAAACAGCCCACUGUUCUCAAGAGCAAUUCCUUGUGACAAAUUAUGCAAUGAUGCACUUGACUCGCCAUUGUUAAAAUCUCUUUGGGACAAUAUAUUGCAAGGAUGUUGUAAUAAUAUUGGCAAAUGAACAAAUAAACGUUGCUUGGAGAAUAUAGACAAACUCUAUUUAAGGGUUCGUAGCUUUUCUUAUGCUACAUAAGUAAGUUCAAAAUCCAGCAAAAAGCAAAAAAGAGCAAAGGGCUUAAAAAGAAAGAAAGUGAAUUUGACUUUAUGAUCCUUUGAUAAACAUACUUUUGUACAUACAAUUAAAUAAAUUUUAAAAUACUUAUAAUAAUAUCAGUGCCUGAAUUUAUAUAAAUGUGCCAACUGCACAACAAUUGAUAUAAUUUAUGUGAUUGUCCACCACGCCAAAAAUUAUUUUAAUGUAGCCAAUAAUUAAAACCCCACACUGGACCCCUGGGGAUAAUACUAGGGCACAGGCAAGGUAUGGGAUAGGAUUGGGCAAUGGGUGCUUGCCAUAUCACCAGGUUAGAAAAAGUCAAUAUGCGUGGAUACCUAUACAUUUUAGUAGAAGUCAGAUCAUUUGAAUAGGGCUCAUUAAUUUAUGUUCAUAAGAAGCUAUAAGAAGCUAUUUAGCUGUUUUGUGUACAAUAUACAAAUUUAACAUAGCAAUAUGCAGGGCGAUCACAAAGGGGUGUGUUUGACACCACUUGCUGCUGUUGGCAAAUGAAUCUUUUAUCGGCAAAACUGGUUGACUGCUAUUGCUUCAAAUUUUAGAAAUUUAAAAGGUUUGCAUAUGCAUGUUGGGGGAAAAUUUUAAGCUUUUUUCUAAUGUUAGUUGGGAAAAAUUUUAAGCUUUGCUUAUGUUAGUACGGAAAAUCUUUUUGACCUCCCCCCUAUCUAAAUAGAUUUGAGAUACUAAUUUAUUUGCAAGAUGAUGGUACUACUGGUAGGAAAUAAUUAUAUGAGCCGAGACUGUUUCGCCCAAUAUCAGGGCUCAUCAGUAUGCCUAGGAAACAUACUACCACACUUGAUGGAAAACAUGAUUCUGGACAAGGACAGCCUUGGGGAGGCUGAAAAAUGAGCAAACUGGUUUUAAGGCGCCAGUGACCCUCCUUUCACACCUUUGGCCAAAAGGAGUUUGGUUAGAAUUGAAUGACUAUUUGGGACAUUUCAGGACAUGCAGUUGCUCAAUUUGCACAUCAUCCAAGUCAAUUCUGACCCUUUAACCCACUACCUCUCUAAUCCCCCAACUUAAACCUAUCAAACCUCAUAUACUGGGCAAAGAAUAUUGAUAUAAAAACAGACAGUACUUAGACCUAAAACAUACAUGUUCAUAUCAACUAAAUUCAAGCAGUUCCAAAAACCGAUUAAAUACUAUUUAAAACACGAGGAGUGUUUUAUCAUAUUUAAAACGCGAGGCGCAGCCGAGCGUUUUAGAUAUGAUAAAACGCGAGUUCGAGUGUUUUGAAUAGCUUAAAAUACGACUACAAAACAAUACUAAUUAGGAUGAACAAUUAUAUAAUCAUACUAAUUAGGAUGAAGAAAUAUAUUAAGAAUACUAAUGAAGAUAUAAUGUCGCUUCACGUGACAUAUUAUGGCUGACAUGAUUUGCUACAAGGUUUAUGAAUUUUAAUGAGUAUUUUAACUGUCAGUAAAAUAUCAAAAUAGUGUGCAUCUUGGCACAUUAAGAGUUACUAGGUUAACACUAGACACUGACUGACAUUAAUGAUAGUUUUGUUAGUCCAUAGCGGAAGCUUAAGCACUGAGGCACUGACAAGUAAAAUUAUCUGGAUUGGACAGAUAUUAUAAUCUGAAUUAGCCUAUAAAUGCCUGUUGGGAAUUUAUACAAGGUCUGACAGGAAUGAAACUUCUGAUGAUAUGAGCAGGGACAGUGCUCUCAGCAGACAGUAUAUCCAGUGGCGCAGCCAGCUCGACCAUUUGGUCAUGCUAUCCAAAUAUCAAAUCAUUAUCAUUAUUCAGUUCUUCAGAAAUCGAUUGUUUUCACGGCCUAUGAAGACGGAAAUAUUCGCAUAGCAUGACCAAGUUGUCGGGCUGGCUAUACAACACUGAGUAUAUCAAUUUAAUAUUAUCGUAAUCAACUAGUAACAGUCACUUCUAGUAAUAGGACAUUAGUCACUUCUUUUUCUGACGUUUCUUCACAGGCUCAUCUGAAACAGUGUACCAUUUCGCCUUACCUGCUCACCCCGUAACCUGGAGAGGGGGCUAGAAAAGGUUCCCCAAACAUUCUCUAUCUCAACUAACCCGGGCUAGUUUACCGCGACUGGCAGGGAUCCCCACCAUGCGGUCGAAAUACACGAAAAACAACAAACAGAUACCGAUCACAGUCGGCGCAUGGAACGUUCGAACACUCUUAGACAAAGAUGAUGCGAAUAGACCGGAAAGAAGAACAGCACUCGUAGCAAAGGAGCUAUCAAGAUACAAAAUUGACAUUGCUGCUCUGAGUGAAACUCGUUUUGCUGAAGAAGGAAACUGAGAGAGCCAAAAGCCGGAUACACCAUCUUUUGGAGUGGGCGUGGGAACGAUGAACGCCGUGAGUCGGGAGUUGGCUUCGCUAUCAAAAACGACCUAAUAGGCAAGCUAACUAGCCUACCCAAAGGGGUCAACGAUCGCCUCAUGACGCUUACUCUUCAACUGAAGGGAAAGAGAAAUGCUACCAUUGUUAGUUGCUAUGCCCCUACCAUGACAAACCCAGAUGACAUCAAGGACAAGUUUUAUGAGGAACUCGACACUAUAAUCGCUUCCACACCCGAACAAGACAAGCUAGUGGUUCUCGUGGACUUUAAUGCCCAGGUCGGGUCGGAUGUAGAAACGUGGGGCGGAGCCAUUGGGAAGCACGGCGUUGGAUCAUGCAACAGCAACGGUCUACUCCUCCUUAGAUUGUGUGCCGAGCACCACCUUGGUGUCACAAAUACACUCUUCCUGCUGCCAACCAGAAAUAAAACCACUUGGAUGCACCCACGCUCAAAACACUGGCACCUCAUCGACUAUGUCAUUGUCAGAACUAGAGACAGGAAUGAUGUGCGAGUGACGAAGUCAAUGUGUGGAGCAAAUUGCUGGACAGACCACCGCCUCAUCAUAUGCAAACUCAACUUUCAUAUUCAACCACCUAGGCGUCCACAGGGGAAGAAACCACCCAAGCGUCUGAAUAUUGACAAGCUGAAUAAUGUCAACGUCAAGCAGAAAGUCGCUAGUGAGUUGGAUGAGAAACUUGAGUCAUUGCCCUUGAAUUCUGGCAACAUUGAGCAGGACUGGGCAGACUUCAAGAAUACUGUACACUCGAUAUGCAGUGACAUACUGGGUCCUAAAACACACUCUCAUCACGACUGGUUUGAUGAAAACAAUGAGGCCAUAGACAAGUUGCUUGAAACGAAGAACAGACUCUUAAAGCUAAACCUUUCAAACAAGACUCCAGCCAACACAGCUGCUUUACACAAAGUAAAGCAGACUGUCCAGACUGAAUUGAGACAUAUGAAGGACAGAUGGUUCAGUCAAAGGGCCGUUGAAAUCCAGGGUACGCAGACACCCACAAUUCCAAACGCUUCUAUCAAGCUGUUAGAACACUGCAUGGACCUCAGCCUGCUGGUACAUCACCACUGCUCUCUGCUGAUGGAACCGAACUUAUCAUAGACAAGCCUGGCAUUCUUGAUAGGUGGGCAGAGCACUUCGGGUCGGUUCUAAACAGGCCAUCGUCAUUCAGCAUCGAGGCAAUCAAUCGCCUACCUCAGACCCCAACUGACACAACACUUGUCAAGCCAAGCCAUCUUAUUUUAUUAACUGUGACUAGAUGAAAGUACAGGUGAUUGCAUCGAGAGCUACCAAUUAAAACUAUCAUGGUGUUUUCACAUAAUUAAAAUGAAUUAUAUAAUGGAAGUAAUUUCCAAACAUUCGUCUAUAUGUCGGCAAUAUUUCGUCAACAAUACAAAUUAAAAACGUACUUACACAUACAUUUGCAAUGACUACAUUAAAACAUGGUGUCAUUCAGGUAUCGGCUUCUGAGGAAUCAGCUAAUCUCGAUAAAUUGAACAAAUAUUAUAUAGAAUCUGCCAGUGAAGAAGAACUUAGUGGUAUCUUACAUGAAAUUGAGUUGAUGAAGGACCUUGGAAAACAUGAAAAUGUCAUUCAGAUGUUUGGUUGUUGCAUAAGAUGUCGUCCAAUAUGUUUAGUCCUGGAAUACGCGCCCGGCGGAAAUUUGAAAAAUUAUCUGAGAUCUCUUAAAAAGUAGGUAAUUGCCUAUCAAAGUGCCAGUAAUGGGUGCAACGCGGAAUCUUCCAUUUUGAUGCGUAAGCCAUUUUUAAGGUGGUUAGUAAGAACUUCCCGUUGCACUUAGUAGUUUUUAAAAUUAAAAUUUUCCGAAAUAUUUGUGUUUUUUCAUAAAAUCGGAAGUUCUUCAUAUAUUUUCACAAAAGUAGGUGAAGUUUCACGUAGUUUAAGAGAUCAUUUGAAAAUUCUCCAUGUUCUUUAGUGAUCCGAUUACCUGAUCACACUAGAGAUGUGGUGUAGUUGUAUUCUUACAUCUAAAAUGUAUUUGUUUAUAUUUCUUCAUUCUUUUAUUAAAUAUUCCUGGGAAAGGAAUGUUCCUUCGAUGCGUUGUCGGCUUUUUGAAGAACAAAAAAUAUAAUAUGUUUAAAUUUAUAUACUUAUUAUACUAUCAUAUAUUUUUUCUUAAAGUGUAAAGAUAUUGCAAGCGCGCGGACGAAUGAAGUCACAAAAUCUGUCAAGGUAUAAUAUUUUGUCAACAAAAUGCACUAAUUCUAAUUUUCCUUUAAUUUAUAUACAGUAGUUUAAAAUAUUCCGGUUUAAGUUUUAGCUUAAAUUGCCCCUAACGUCAAGAAUUUCUUUGCCUGAGUGCCAGGCUCUCGACUUUGAGAAAAGGGCCGGAUACAGGUUGUUGAUUUCCUCAAGUUUAUGUUCAACAUUCGGUAUCUGGAUGUUACGCUGGUUGACGAACAGAAUAUAUUAAAUAUAUGAGUGCUUGUGCGGAGGAAAUAAAUCUGUUUGUAAUUGAAACGUGUGGCAAUUAAAGGGUGCGGAGCUCAAAACCAAUUUUUGUCUCAUCGUUUCUUUUCCAUUCAGAAAGAUUGAUACUCUGGUUAAAGCUUUUAAAAAAAAUUUAAUUGAUAUAUACAUGAGAAAAUUAUGCAGAAGCAAAAUCGUAUACAUGAAUAAAACACAUGCGAAAUAAAUCAUUUACUCGACACUCAUUUGAAUGUCACAACAACUUAUUACAAUUAAGUUUCUAACUGCAUGUGAGAAACCAAACCUUAAAUCAAAAUGUCUUUUGUUAUAGCGCUUACCACACUGUAAAAACCGAUUAGUUAAGAUAAACAAUUUCUUGUCUUAGAUGCAUUAAUUUCUAUUUUGACCAAUAUAUUUAUAGUUAAACAAUUGAAAAACUAGUUACAAUAACGCAAUUUUUUGUUAUUUUAAUUACCAAUUAAAGUGCACCUGAGAAAACAAAUAUAUGUAUUCAUAUAUAUUUUAAUAUUAGAAUGCAGGUCUCUUUAACGUCUUUGUGCUUACAUAGAUUACAAUUGAAUUUACAUAUACCGAAUUGUAAAUAUUUCAGGUCGGAUAUCAAAAAUUGAUUGGGGCAGGUGAAAUGCCAAAAGAUUCAACAUCUUCAACUCUUGUUAAUGCAAGUGAACAGUACAAGUUGGAAGAAACAGGAAUAAAACAAGCUGAAGGUAAUUACGACAGAAAUUGCAAAUAAUAUAUAGUGAAAUUUAGGUAAGGCAUGAACAUACAUGCAUGCACGUAUAUCUUUUCAGUCACUUGCGGAGAAAGAUCUGUUUGGUUUGGUCAUGCUCCUCCAAAAAUUCCAUACAUAUCUAAUUUUCGAUAUUUCAAAAAAUUUCGAUAUUUUUAUGAAAAGACAUUUUCUGCAUUUUGAGCAAGAUUCUGAAAGAUCUUACUUGAAUGGGUAAUUUUGUUGUUUUUACAUUUUUAAUUUGGGAUUGGGGCAGGUGAAAUGCCAAAAGAUUCAACAUCUUCAACUCUUGUUAAUGCAAGUGAACAGCACAAGUUGGAAGAAACAGGAAUAAAACAAGCUGAAGGUAAUUACGACAGAAAUUGCAAAUAAUAGUGAAAUUUAGGUGAGGCAUGAACAUACAUGCAUGCACGUAUAUCUUUUCAGUCACUUGCGGAGAAAGAUCUAUUUGGUUUGGUCAUGCUCCUCCAAAAAUUCCAUACAUAUCUAAUAUUCGAUAUUUCAAAAAAUUUCGAUAUUUUUAUGAAAAGGCAUUUUUCUGCAUUUUGAGCAAGAUUCUGAAAGAUCUGACUUGAAUGGAUAAUUUUGUUGUUUUUACAUUUUUGGGCAGAAAAGAAUAUUAAAUUCUGCCAACGGCAAUAUUUGCAGCUAGUUAUGCUUCUCGUGAUAGUAUUAAUUUGUAGAAAAAAUGGUUACACUACUAUAUAAUAAUAAUUAAUGUAUGAUAUACUGUAUCUCGUGCAUUAAUUCCAUACCGAUUUUAAAUUAUGUUUAAUAGCAUGUGAACAUUUUUUUAUUCAUUAUUCGUUCUUGAGAAAAUAUAUGCGAACAAACAAAAAAAAAUCUACUUACAAAAUAAAGAAAUCGAUAAACUAGCCGUAGAUCUGCGUUGUAACUAAUUAAUGUUAAAUUUUCAUCAACAUUUUAAACGUACAUGUAACAGCUGAUUCAAUGAACGGCGCUUCACGUAAAAUUCCAUGUCAAAUUGUAUUAUAUUUUAGAUUUAAAUUUCGAGAUUGCCUCAAGAAUAAACGAGGAAAUUCGAGUUGCUUUAAACCCCAAAGAAUUGGAAUCCUUUGCUCGUCAAAUUGCUACUGGAAUGGUAAAUUGCAUGUUUACAAUAUUAUAUAUAAUUUUAUGUUUAUAGGCUACCUGUAUCUAACUACAUAUAAUGUUUUUAUCUCCCAAACCAGAUUACAUGUACUGGACUGUAACAAAUUUCCUGAAUCAAUGUCAUCAUACUUGUUGUCCGUAAUGGUCAAGAUUAUAUUAUUACAUAACUCUUCAGAUACUUUCAUACUAUUAAUAAGACUUCUGUAUUGGUCCCUACAUGGACCCACUCAACUAUAACUACAUUCAAGUCAGUCAAGCAACCAAUGUCGGGAAAUAAUAUAUCGUUUUAUAUUUUUCUUUUAGAAACAUGUUUCUGGUCUUGGUAUUGUUCACCGAGAUUUGGCAGCAAGGAACAUACUACUUGGUGAAGACAAAGUUUUAAAAAUAUCAGAUUUUGGCUUGUCACGCGAGGGAACAUACAUAAAAAAAUCUAACGGGAAAAUUCCAUUCCGAUGGCUAUCGAUUGAAGCGAUACAAGAACGAACUUAUUCCACUGCUUGUGAUGUGUGA